AUGAAACUUCUUAAUGCAGAUGCAACGCCCACGGCAAGGGCUAUGCUUUUGCAAAUAUAUGUAGCGACGAAGGCGAUGCCAUGGUACAGUCUUCUUCCCACAGUUUCGGAGUACAUGAUAGAAAAUGGGUGGACGAGGUGUUUCCCAAGAACAACCGACGUUAGUUUAGCCGCCUACCUUGUCUACGUGGUGAUAUAUUUGGUUCUUGUGGAGUUGGGAAUUUACUGGAUGCACAGAGGAUUGCAUGACGUAAAACCACUCUACAAGUAUCUCCAUGCAACCCAUCAUAUUUACAACAAGCAAAAUACCCUUUCCCCGUUUGCCGGUAACUUCACUGUACCUUGA